AUGGCAUCGGAGACUGCUACCGUCGAAGUCUCUCCGGCCUACAUCCACCAGGGGAAAGAAUUGGACCUCCAGAAGCGCGAUGAGCCGACUCCAGAAUGCGAGAAUGCGGGUUUCCGCAGCGUAGAAGGCCUUAACAAGGUUUUCCACAACACUGGUCUCACUGGCCGCCUAUUCCUCGCUACCAUUAUCAUCUCUCUUGGUCUCACCAUGUUUGUUUACGCCAUGGACGAGGGGGUUACGCAACAGUUUACUAUGGUUGCGGCCUCCUCCUUCGAUAUGCAUGCCCAGCUGGGCGCCGUAAAUACCGCCAGCACUUUAAUUAAUGGUAUCUCCAAGCCAGUGGUUGGCAAACUGGCAGACGUCAUAUCCCGUCCGACAAGUUAUAUCAUCUCUCUAGUUUUCUAUGUUGUAGGAUAUGCUGUUGCGGCCAGCUGCACGAACUUUGUGGCCUACACCGUCGGUGUCGCCUUGACGGCGGUGGGCAAGGCAGGCCUAAACAUCCUCUGCCAAAUCAUUGUUGGUGACUUGACGACACUGCAAUGGCGCGGCUUCUGGACCAGCAUGAUUAUAGCUCCCUACCUGGUGACCACGUUUACCAAUGGUUUCAUUGUGGAUGCAUUCGUCCCGGAUCAGUGGCGAUGGGGUUUGGGUAUGUUCGCUAUUAUGAUCCCAAUUCUGCUCUCUCCGGCGAUCAUAACAUUAUAUGGCACACAACUGAGAGCGCGCAAAAUGGAGGUAAUGGGGAGUGGUCCGCCAGAGAAAGGCGACAAGAGCCCUCUGCAUACUGCCUGGCAAUGUUUAAUUGCGAUCGAUAUUCCCGGCCUUGUGUUGCUCGGCUUCUCCUUCUCGCUGAUUCUUCUCCCUCUAUCGCUCGCAGAAUCUGCCGAGAGCGGCUGGAAGAACCGUAGUAUGAUUGCCAUGGAAGCUACUGGUUUUGUCAUCCUGGCGCUGUUUGUUGCCUUUGAGAUUUCCAUUGCGCCGAAGCCUAUGAUGACGAAACGGAUCAUUGCAAACAAGGUCUUCCUUGCGGCAUUGGGUGCCAACCUUUUCGAUCAGAUGACCACUACUCUCGCAAGCAAUUACUUCGCCUCGUAUAUCUAUAUCAUCAAAGAUUGGGAUAACUACACUUGGACGGUCUUUACGGGUGCCAGGAAUCUUGCGAUCACUGUAUUUAGCCUGGUUGGUGGGUUCCUCCAGGUCAGAUAUCACCGUUAUAGAACCCAGAUGAUUGUUGGAGCCGUACUGAAGGUUGUUGGCUACGCUAUGUGUCUCACGAGCGACCAGCGAAGUACCCAAAGCACUACUGCCCUCGCUAUCUCACAAGUGCUCCUGGGAACAAGCGCCUUGACUGCCCUUGGGUCACGAAUAGGAGCCAUGGCCUCCGUUCCUCACGAGGAUAUGGCAUCCAUCAUCGCGGCCUACUUCCUUUGGACGUACCUGGGUAGUGCCGCCGGGUAUGCCAUUGCCUCUGCCAUCUGGACGGAUAAGAUGCUCGGGUUCAUGCGUGACGAGUUGCCGGGCACACCGGACAGUACACUCCAGGAGAUCUAUGGUUCGGUUAACAUCCUUCGCACAAAGUAUGACCUGAAUGAUCCCAUUCGCGAGGGGGCCAUCAGGGCUUAUACGCGCACAAACGGCAUAAUUUUUAUUGCUGCCGCCGCCAUUUCCACGCUGUCUAUUCUCUGCUCGUGCUUGAUGCCCGGUAAUUCCCCCCUUGCUCCUUCUCCAACUCACCGGACAGUAUAG